AUGGCAGUGAGAGAAUCAAACUUGGUUAAAAUCCUGGGUGAUGAAGGAUACCAGAAGCUUAGGUCUACGAAAUGCUUGUUAGUAGGUGCCGGUGGUAUUGGAUCAGAACUACUGAAGGAUUUGGUUUUGAUGGAGGUUGGUGAAAUACAUGUUGUCGACCUGGAUACAAUAGAUUUAUCAAACCUGAAUAGGCAGUUUCUGUUCAGACAGAAAGAUAUAAAGAAGCCCAAAUCGGCCAUUGCAGUUAAUGCAGUCCAAUCAUUUAGCAACUCUAAGCUGGUACCAUACCAGGACAAUAUCAUGGACACAAAUGUAUUCCCACUUCAUUGGUUCCAACAAUUUGACAUUAUUUUCAAUGCGCUCGAUAACUUAGCAGCUAGAAGGUACGUUAAUAAGAUGACGCAAUUCCUAUCUAUACCUUUGCUGGAGUCCGGUACUUCAGGCUUUGAUGGCUACAUACAACCUAUUAUCCCAGGAAAGACUGAGUGUUUUGAUUGUACGAAGAAGGAAACACCAAAGACAUUCCCUGUGUGUACUAUCAGAUCAACACCAUCCCUACCAGUUCAUUGUAUUGUAUGGGCAAAGAACUUCUUGUUCGGUCAAUUAUUCUCUUCUUCGGCAAAUGAUAUAGCAAACGAGCAGAUGAAUGAACAAGAUUGGGGUACAGAUGAUGUCGAAGAAAUCAACCGUAUCAAGAAUGAAACUAAUGAAUUGAAAGAGCUACAAAAUAUAAUCAUUUCAGGUGACAAGUCUAGAAUACGGGAUAUAAUCAGCAAGCUGUUUAUACAAGACAUCGAGAAGUUACUUCUAAUUGAGAACCUAUGGAAAACGAGAGCUAAGCCAGUUGCUCUUACCCCAAAGCAACUGCAGGAGUCAGAGCAGCUAGGAGAUGUGAAUCACUUGAACUUGAAUGAAAUCUGGGACCUGGAGACUCAAAUUGCAAAAUUCACCCAAAUUACAUCUAAACUUAUGGAUAGGUAUAACACAGAAAGUGCUAUAGAUUUUGAUAAAGACGAUCAAGAUACAUUGGAAUUUGUUGCCACUGCAGCUAAUAUUCGUGCCCAUAUUUUCCAUAUUCCCGUUAAGUCUGUGUUUGAUAUAAAACAGAUUGCAGGUAAUAUCAUUCCUGCUAUUGCUACUACGAAUGCAAUAAUCGCAGGUCUGUCAUCUCUAAUGUCAUUGAGAGUUUUGAAUCUCCUAAAAUAUGCCAAAGUUGAUAAGCCAACUGAUAUCAAUAUGGCAUUCACAGCAAAGGCCAGUAAUUUAGCUCAAAACAGAUACUUGUCUAAUCCUAAAUUGGUAUCUCCAAACAAAAAAUGUGCAGUUUGCUCUAAAGUCAUUCGUGGAGUUUUCAAAGUAACUAAAAAUCAAAUGGAAAAGCAUUCUUUUAUGGACUUUAUAAAUGCACUUACUUCAACCUCAAAACUAUCUGAUGACAUUUCAAUUUUAGAUGCCACUACUCAGAGACUGUUGUAUGAUUAUGAUUUUGAAGACCUCGCAGAAAAGAAGCUUGUUGAUCUUUCUUUGAAAAAUGGUUCAGUGCUAUUAAUUACAGAUGAGGAAGAAGAAGCUGGUCUAACUAAACAAAUCAUGGAAUACUACAUUGAAAUAUCUGAUGAAUCCGAAGAUAAAAUAGAGCAACUGUCACUUCCUCAAAUCAUACCACAAUUCAGCAUUCCUUCCGAAACUGCCGAUGAAAAUGGAGGUGGUGAUAUGUUGCAGAAUGACUCACUAAUGACAAGUAAUGAUCAAACUACACCUAUAGUAGUUUCAGAAUCCGAUGCUGUAGAAAAUGGUAACAAUAAACGUCCAUUGACAGAAGAACUAGAAUACCAGAGUAUUAAAAGUAGGAAGUUAAAUCCAAUCGAAGAUGAUGAUGAGUUAGUUAUAUUGGAUUAG